UUGUUUUUACUUAUCAAUGUCAUUGACCUCGGAUCUGUAGUAAGCAAGCUUUUAUUUACAAACCCGAGGUUUAUUAGUUUUCCGAAGUUGAUGAAAUCUCUCUACAAUUAUUAUUAUUAUUUGAAUUUUUAGAUUUUUUUGUUAUGUUAAUUUUUGCUUGUUGAGGUUUGGUUUGGUUAUUCUUUUUAACAGAAGAAGAAUAGGGGACGUACAGUAUUUAAAAUUAAACAAUUAUGAAAAGGAAUCGACAUCAAAUUUUUCAGAUUUUAAAAAAGUGUUAACAGACUCUGAAAACGUUCUGACUAAAAAAUACAAACGUGUAGUCAACAGUGGAAAAAGAUCAAGAGCUGUGGUUAUUUUAGUGCCGGAACUGUUGCAAAAAUUAAUCAAAACUUUAUUAGUGGAAAGAAAAAAAUAUAUUCCACUUGAAAAUGACUAUGUAUUUGCUCUUCCUGAUAGUAGAAUUCAGUGGGGACAGGGCGAUGUGGCGAUUCGAUUCUUAACUAAAAGAAUUAAGUUGCAAUAUCCUGAGGCAAUGUCAAGUAAUAAAUUAAGAAAACAAAUAGCAACAGUUGCUCAAAUCUUAAAUAUGUCCAAAGAAGAAUUGAGACAAUUUUCGAAGUUCAUGGGACAUACAGAGAAGACUCACGCUGAAUUUUACGAAUUGUCAGUUGACUUAUACCAGACAACCAAAGUUUCCAAGUUGCUGAUGUUAAUGGAAAGAGGAUCAUUGCCUGUGGAGUACCAAGGAAAGUCUUUGUCUCAAAUUAAUUUUGAUGCAAAUUUGGAAUACGCCGAAGAAUGUGCCGAAGAUCAUGCACGGAAAACUCUGGAACCAAUCGACAGUGAAAUCAUUAUCAGCAAUGAUGCUUCUUUCAGUACUGCUCAAAAUUAUGAUAAAGAGAAAAGUGAUUGACAGCUAUACAAUGGUAUUGUUCUCGGGGAAACGUUAGAUACGUUGACGACCAGAAAGAGAGAAAAUAUAUCUCUAUCCUCAUUUGAAAAUUUGAAUAUUAUUGGAG